CAAGCCCCCUUUCACAGUUUACCUCUCCGUCGACUUCGGUGGUAACUCCGUGGUGGUAGUGCAGAAACGUACUUCUAAUCCACGCCGCGUUGCACCCUGGAAGUGUCAGGAAAACCUCAGGAGGAUGCCGAGUUUUUCCGACUUGAUGUGAAAACCGCUCCGGCAAGAUGUGAGAUGAACCGGGAGAAAGCAGCGACCGCCGGGGCCAGCGACAUCAUGUUGGUCCGUAGCUCGCGCGGCCGAGCCAGAGUGACUCAUGCGGUGGUGGUGAUCUUCCUGGAGUUCUUCGCAUGGGGGCUGCUGACCACGCCCAUGCUGACUGUCCUCCAUGAGACGUUCCCUCAGCACACCUUCCUGAUGAACGGCCUGGUUCAGGGCGUGAAGGGCUUUCUGUCGUUUCUGUCGGCUCCUCUGAUUGGUGCUCUGUCAGAUAUCUGGGGCAGGAAGUCCUUCCUCCUCAUGACGGUCUUCUUCACCUGCGCCCCCAUCCCCUUCAUGAGGAUCAGCCCGUGGUGGUAUUUCGCUCUGAUCUCAGUCUCAGGGAUUUUCGCUGUGACCUUCUCGGUGAUCUUCGCCUACGUCGCCGACAUAACAGAGGAGCAUGAGAGGAGCACAGCCUACGGACUGGUCUCUGCCACUUUCGCAGCCAGCCUGGUGACGAGCCCCGCCAUCGGUGACUUCCUGUCUGCCAAGUAUGGCGACAGCCUGGUGGUCUUGGUUGCCACGGUGGUCGCAGUGGCGGACAUCGCCUUUGUGUUCUUUGUCGUCCCAGAGUCGCUGCCGGACAAGAUGAGGCUGACGUCCUGGGGCUUCCCUAUCUCCUGGGAGCAGGCGGACCCCUUCGCUUCUCUGCGUCGUGUGGGGAAAGACAGCACAGUGCUGCUGAUCUGUGUCACAGUGUUCCUGUCCUACCUGCCAGAGGCCGGACAGUACUCCAGCUUCUUUCUCUACCUGAGACAGGUGAUCGAGUUUUCACCUGCAGCCAUCGCUGGCUUCAUCGCCAUGGUGGGAAUCCUCUCUAUAAUCGCUCAGACUCUGUUCCUCAGUGUUUUAAUGAGGACCAUCGGUAAUAAGAACACGGUUCUGAUGGGUCUGAGCUUUCAGCUCUUCCAGCUGGUCUGGUACAGCUUCGGCUCUGAGCCGUGGAUGAUGUGGGCAGCAGGAACAGUAGCAGCCAUGUCCUCCAUCACAUUCCCAGCAAUCUCUGCUCUGGUGUCACACAGUGCAGCACCUGACCAGCAAGGUGUGGCCCAGGGGAUGAUCACAGGUAUCAGAGGUCUCUGUAACGGUUUGGGUCCGGCUCUCUACGGCUUCAUCUUCUACGUCUUUCACGUGGAGCUGGAUGACAUGGAGCCAGUGUCAGGAGGCACCACACCGAAAACAGAGAAGCUGAUGGUCCCUGGUCCUCCCUUCCUGUUCGGCGCAUGCGCAGUCUUAUUCGCUCUCCUCGUGGCCAUCUUCAUCCCAGACAACCACCAACUGGGCGACGUCAAGAACUGCUCCACCUGCAAAUCCUCCUCCUCCAUCUCACACACUCAGAGCGGCAGCCCUCUGGCCACGUCCACCAGCGACGCGGAGGACAUCGAGCCGCUCCUGCAGGACAGCAGCCUGUGACUGACGAGCAGCUCGGCCAAUCAGGCCUAAGCCUUGUCUGCUAGUCCCGCCCCCCUCAGAAUAAACCGCCUUUUAUUUUUUUAUUUCUUCAAACCCUGAUGAGAUUAAAGAGUCAGGUAGGCGGCGAUCACACUGACGAGCUUUAUUUCCUCACAUGAUGGAUUAUUUGUAAUCCCUUUGAUAAAGUAACGUGCUCAUUUAUCAGCCAAGUGUUCCUCGAUUUAGUUCUUACACAUUUAAACUCAGACCAGUCUAAAUUUGAGACUAAGCCUCAGUUUUAAUCUCCUUGUCUUUUGUUGGUUCAUUUCAGUUUUAGAGGUGGAUUGUUGGUCCUCGUUCCUCUCUGUCACGCCCUCUGCUGGUGGCAGACACACAACACAUUAACACACUGAUUUAUUCAUGUAAGAUAACAUUGAGUCCAAAGGCUAGCAUCAUUGUUUCCACACGCAUUACUACCUGUGGCAACUCUCACACCGUGUGUUUGGGCAGCUGUUACUCAGUCACUGCAAGAGUCCAAAAAACAAACUCAAAGCCUGAACUCUGUCUGGUCACGUCCUACAGCAACUCCUCGUCACCAGUGACGCCUUUUGGCACCAAUACAAACCAGUUAGUUUGUAUUUUAAGACCAUUAUUCACUUCUGAAUAGAAUGAAACUUGCUGAGAUCUUUGGAGUUUCUUUAAAUCUAGUUGCUGUUUAACUUUUGUGUAGCACAUUUUUCUUGUAAGAAAAUAUUAAGUCGAGCAUUUCACUUUUUUGAGGACGUUUUUUUCUGUAUUUGUUUUUUUUUUCACGACAGCAUAGGAAGACAGGAAUCGGUGUGAGUUCAUAGUUUUGACAGCUCUGACGUAAAAAAGUUGUUUUUUUUUGUUUUUUUUUUGAGCAGUUCAGAGUUUCGGUCAGUCUGUUUGCCACCUAAACACUCUGGAGUCAGUUCGCCUUGCCUCUGUGUGUAUCAGCUUCACCUAACUCCACUCGUCUGAUCUGCAGAGGUGAAGACAUCCAGCGCUCCCCCUGCUGAACAGGAGCAGCAGUGUGGCGGCUGAGGUGUGUUGAAUUCAUCGCACAGCUGACUCAAAAUAUUCCCAAAGUCCAGGCUGCAGAAACCUUUCCGUCAUGACGGACGCACUGAGAGGACGAUGAGGUCAGAGCUGCUCUGGAGAGAUGGGAUUUAGAGUCCUGCAGAGGGCAGCGCGGUCGUUUUCUGUUGUUGCUGUUUAUGUAUAAUCUCCACGACUGAGGUCAGAUUUCUCCUGGAUAACUGUUACUCUGGCAACAGUCGACAUGGCCGUCACUCACACUGAGCAUGUGCAGACCCUGACAGGCUGUGACAUCAUCCUGGUCUCCAGAGGAGGAUGACCAAACGGCGUAAGACCAGAAACUCUUCUAUAUAUGUUUAGGAAAUAAAUUAAACCAGUUUGAAGUGUGUUUAGGUUUUUAACUUUUGUGGAGCCGGACGGUGUCAUGGAAGAGAAAAACAUGUGCUGGAUUUAAAAACCUCCUUCUCUUUACUGAAUCUCAUAUAACGGGUUCUGACUUCUUUCCUCUUGUCUUAUUUCCACUGGAUGUCCUGACUCCAUACAUCUUCCUUUUUCUGUUUUCCAUUGCCAAUAUUUUUCUCUUCACCCUGAAGUAUCUGCUCUACCUGUUUGCCAUGUCAGCUGAGGUGAAGUUUAAUCACUGCAGACUGCUCAACCUGACAGAGACGUGUCGCUGUAAUCAUCCCUUAAACUGACACAGGACGUCCUGCACAAUGAAUGUGUCUAAUGGAGUCCUCAUGUUCCUCUGUUUGGUCUCUGAUGUUGUAUUGAUGUCACAGCAGCUGUAUUUACCUUCAGCCUAGAAAUCUGCCUCCAUUAAAAUCCUGAAAAGUACCUGGUACCAUGCCAAACAGAGCCAGGAUAUCACACAGUGGGAAGGAGAACUCAGUCAGACCAAAGCUUGAAGAUGUGUGUGCACAUCUGCUGUCUUCAAACUUUUAAAAGCAACUCUGACAUCCUUCACUCCACUGUCCUGUCGAGUGAAGGAUGUCAGAGCAACACCACGUUGUGUUAACAGUCAAAACCCUGAAGUGUGACGACAUAACGCUGUAUUACAUCAGAGACAUGGAGAGAGAAUAAAAGUUACAAACCAGACAAAAGAGCUGUUAGAGUUUUUCAAAAUCCUUCAUGCUGAUUUAUUUUCCCUCCAUGACACGCCCGGCUCCUCGCAGCAGAUCACUCUCUGAGGAUCAGAUUUAUCAUCUGUUCUUCUCCUGUUUUUAAAUACUUGAAUUAGUAAAGCUUGUCGGCUCACUCCGAGCUGUUUGACCUGAAAGUGAUCCUCCAAUCACAUAUCAAACGCUCCCAGUUACUGAUGAUGUUUGUUUAUGGAUGUCGAGCCGUCUGUGCAAUGAAAGCUUGAUCCUCUUGUUGUCUUUAGAUUUUUAAACCCUCAGAGUCAAAAGGUUGUUUAGAACCGGACCGUGCCAUGUUUUUUAUUUUCUGUUUCUCUAUUUUGUACUUUGACCUUUUUGUUAAGAGAUCAAGCGAUGUCAUUCCAAAACCAAAAACACACCUUUUCUCAUUUAAAGCUGCGAACGCUGAAGUCACAAUAACGAAGAGGCCGACACUUCUGUCCACGGUCAGAUUAAAUGUCUCCCUCCAUGUUUGACAAACAGAAUUGGCUGUUAUUGAUUUCUUUUUUAACAUGACCUGAACACAGCAUUGAUAUCGUCACGGCUACAAAAACACCUGAGAGUCCUGACGAUGAGGAAGAUGAUGGUGUGUAGCUUCAUGAUGCCCGAUCACGACUCUUCCUCACAUUUUAACACGUCGUCGUUCAGAUAACUAAAAUCCAAACCCAACCCUCUGACUGAAGUCAUUUUUAAAGAUUUCUUUACAAACGCUUUCCGUCUGUUCAUGAAACUUUCCCGACUCCACUGAGACUUGGUUCUGAUCUCACGCUUCAUAUUUCUCUCCGCUGCUGAUCGUACUUUCUUAAAGAUGUCAAAAAACAGGAAGCUGGACCUACGGUAUCUUUUUUAUAGUCCGUCUGAAAUCCUGCAGAGCUGUAACUCAAUGUCCCAGAAUCCACCAGUGUUAAGAUCUACAUCUUGUUUGUCUUUGUACGGCUGCUGAUUACGCUCUGGUGUUUGUAAGAUCCAGUUGUGGAUCAGUAAUCCGGUAUGACUUGACUAACCGGAGACUUUUUAAUUCAAGCUUUAAAACGUGAUUAUCGACCUUGUGCCCAGAUGUUUUCAUCCUCUCACCCUAAAACUCGCAUUUAAAUAUGCUCUACUCACGCUCAAACUUAAACAGAAGUUUAAUUAGUCAGGACUUUAAUUUGGCGGUCUUAUAGAGGAGGCGUCGUAUAUCUGAGUGUACAGUUUAAGUGAAGCAGGGAACGUUUGAGAGCGAGGGCAGGGUUUCAGGGGAAAUCUACAAAGCUACACAUGUCUCCAUAUUGCUAAAUUUAAAGUUAAAUCAAAAAAACAAUUUUACUAAGAGACCAAAGCAUGAUUAGUACAAAUAUGGACACAUCAAAGCUGAAUGUAGUUCUCAUUUUUAAACUACAAAGUCCUGAAAGCCGACUGUAACAAUAAGGUUUUGCAGGCAUCAAACUCAGAAUGAAUCCAUAUUAACUUAAUACAACAAAUGAUACCAGUUUGAACAUCUCAUAUGUUGUCUUUGUUGUCUUC